AAAGAGACGUCUUAUGAAGAGAUAUUUACAAUGAUUAUUUCUAAGCUUGGAAAAGAUAUACUCAUUCAUGGCAUCUUGGAUGAUAAAGCAUUGCAUCCUUCUAUUUCAAUCCAGUUGAAAAUCCCUGAAGAGGUGUUGCGAUGGGAUAUAGAAACCCGACAUCGAUACUUAGAGUACUUGAAAAAAGGAAAAGCACCCAUAUAUAGAGCGCGGGGAAUGAUAUUAGGCUGUGCUGGUGCUGGAAAAACAACUUUAUUAGAAAGACUACAGAAGAAAUCACUGGAGGACAUACAAAAAAUCAAGUCUACUGUGGGACUAGAUGUCCACAAUGAUAUUUUUGAAGUACUGGAAAAGGAAGGAGAAUUAGAAGUUGCUGUACGUAAAUGCGAGCCUGCAAUCCACAUUAAAGAAAAUGUCCCAGUUGAUGAUGCAGAAAAAAUAGAGGAAAAGAAGCUUCUAAGUAUCUUGGAUUUCGGAGGACAGUGCAUGUAUUACGCCUGUCAUCAGAUCUACCUCAGUAAACGAGCGUUCUACAUCUUGGUAGUUGACAUGUCUAAAAACUUGGAAGAUGUCAUAGAUGAGGAGCUCUGCGAUCAGAAGGAUACAAUGUUCUCAAACUGGAGCCACAGGGAUUUUCUUCUAUUUUGGUUGAAAUCUGUCCAUUGUUACUGUGGAAAUGAGGCCCCCGUUAUUCUUGUUGCUACUCACGCAGAGGGAAAAUCGGAACAGGAAAUGACUGGAUAUUACCAAGAACUUAUGACGGCGUUUCCUGGGUCCUCAACGAUUAAAACACACUUGUCCAGCGAAAGAUAUUUUUCAUCAAGUCUCAAAAAGCCUUAUGGAGCAUAUAUUGAAAGUGUUGAUGAAUUAGAAAGAAAAAUUGUCGAAGUUAUUACGUCACAAAAACAUUGGGGAGAAGAAAUUCCCCUGGAUUGGGCUUUAUUUGAGAAAUUCAUCUCAGAGAAAAAAGAAACAAAGGUUCAGAAACUGGACAAAUUAAAGGAAUGAUUUGAUGAAUUGCUUCCUUUAAGCAGACGGGAAUUCAAAGACUUAUUACGCUUUUAUCAUGAUAUGGGUGUGAUUCUGUAUUUUGCAUUUAAAGAAAAAAAUGGAAAUGAUCAACUUUAUUUUGGUCCUGAAAUUGUAAUUCUUGACAUCCAGUGGUUUGUCAAUUCAUUUAAAUACGUAAUGACUGAUUCAAAACAAGCCAGUUUCAACAAAGUCAUAGAUGCAGCUCCCACUAGAGAGGCGCUAGAUACAUUUACAACUACAGGAGAGAUCUCAGGCACAUUCUUGAAAGCAAUCUGGACAGUUACGAAAAAUCAAACUGCAGUUGAAUACAAGGAUGAUAUGAUGAAAUGCAUGGAACGAUUGGGUCUCAUGGCGAUAGAGGAAAAGUCUGAUAUUUGUUUUAUUCCAAGUAUGAAUAUAAUGAAAGUUCCAGAGCACGUUAAAUCAAAGUUUAAUUCACAUCCAAAUAAAACACCGACUCUGUACAUCAGAUUCCCUGUUCUGCCCGUCUUUCUCUUCUACAGACUGAUUGUGCUUUGUUUGAAGAGAGGGUUGAAACCAUUGAAGG